GUGGUCCAGGAGGUCACAAAUAUCCAGCUGGAGGCGAUACAAGGGACGUUGAGUAUCUGUGAGGUGGAGAUCUACACGGAUAUGUGGGCACCCCGUUCCACAACCACGACAGUGUCAACACAAAUGAUGUCACAAGACGGCCUCAAUUUAUCAGUCACCACCCCAAACGACAGUUCCAUAACAACCUUAUCAUUGGAAACAGAAGCUACAUCCGAAGGGUCUGUCUUUGCGUUUCUUUUGCCGACGAUUCUCACGAUCUAUUGUCUAGUACACCUCGCUGCUCUCUUAUUUGUGGCAAGGAAGACUGGCACAAAGACCACGGAGGUUCCGAUAAAACAGGCAGAGAUUGUGGAUUCUCUUGAUGGCAUUCCCUCACAUUUUGAAGUGCGCUCGGAAGAUGAAGUGGGGGCUGACGAUUGGGAGAAAGUAAUAGAUGAAGUGGCGGCACUCGAGGGGUAUAAUGAACAGGAUGAAGUGAAAACAGAAGAGGAGACAGGAGACGUUGGUGAUAAAAGUAAAUGGGGGCAGAGAUCUCUUGAAGUUCAGCAACCAUAGGAACAUAUUGUGUUGUAAAAUAGUUUAGCGUGCUUGAAAGCGUAUACAAUGUAUUGAAUUGAAUCGCAUGACAGAGAACUACAAACAUCACUUCCGCCAGUUUAAAAAUGUCAAUGCCUAAAACACGUACACUUAUCAUAAACCACUCACAUUUUUCACUAGCUAUAAACAUGUCAACUAUAAACACUCAAUUAAAAAGCCCCAUGGCUGUUGAUCACACAUAGCGUAGAACAAUUUUAACCUACAAUAAAAAAGACCCUUGAAUUUCUGUAAACAAGUACUCACUAGUUACGAAACACCAACACUAGCAAAAGCAAAUGAUUAUACCAGGUAUUACAGACAUGAGUCAGCUAAAAAUCUCACCUAUUUUGAUAAAAACACCAAAUUAAAGAAAUGGGCGAGAGAGAGAAAAAAAUGACACUAUAAUAAGAACACACGACAAAAAUUGACACUAUAACAAGGAGACACACGACAAAAAUUGACACUAUAAUAAGAAGACACACGACAAAAAUUGACACUAUGACAAGGAGACAC